CACAGUAGUUUGUCUAUGUCUAUGAUCAGCUGAUCAGCAGAACUUCUUUGCUGUCAAACGUACAUCAUAUUGCUUCAAAAAUUGCAAGGAAUUUUCAAAUAAUUUCAUAUUUACAUUGAAAAAUUUUAAGAUCAAGAUGGAGAUCGAAAUGUUAAAAGUAGAAGUUGAUCAAGAUGAGAUCAAAGAAUCAUAUUUCAGCUACAAUGCUCAGUACAUGGAUGAUGGAAGAUUAACUUAUAAACCAAAUAUUGAAGCUGUUGAACAAUUUGUAGAAGGAAAUGAGGAAUCUGCAAUAGAAACUCCACAAAAAUAUGAAAAUGAGAUAUUAUCCAAUUUGAAAUUGAAUGAGUCUCCCAAGGAGACCAAUCCAAAGAAAUAUAACUGCGACUUUUGUGAUUUUGCUUCAGCCCGAAAUGUAAACCUCAAAGAGCAUGUAGAUUCAAUUCACUUGAAUAUAAAGCAAUAUAAGUGUCAACUAUGUGAUUACAUCACAGCUCGAAAGAGCACUCUAAAAACUCAUGUAAAAUCAAUUCAUUUAAAUUUGAAGAAACAUAAGUGUCACUUAUGCAAUUUUGCUUCUGUUCGAAAUGAUUACCUUAAAAAGCAUAUAGAUGCGGUCCAUUUGAAUUUGAGAAAGUAUAAAUGUGAAAAAUGUGAUUAUGCCACAGCAUACAAAGGAUACUUAAGUCAACAUAUGAAUUCAGCCCAUUUGAACUUAAAAAAAUAUGAAUGUCACCUAUGUGAUUAUAGAUCAGUUCAAAAGAGACAUCUCCAGGAGCAUAUAGAAUCAAUGCAUUCAAAUAUAAAGAAAUUUAAGUGCCACUUCUGUGACUAUGCAUCUAUUCAGAAAAUAAACCUUCAAAGUCAUAUAGACUCAAAACAUUUGAACAUAAAAAAAUACAAAUGCCACUUGUGUGACUAUGCAGCAGUUCGAAAACAUAACCUUAAAGAUCAUAUAGAAUCAAUUCAUUUAAAUUUAAAGAAACAUAAGUGCCACUUAUGUGACCAUGCAUAUCUUAAAAAAGCACUACUUCAAAGUCAUAUAGAUUCAAUCCAUUUAAAAAUAGAAAAACACAAAUGCCACUUGUGUGACUAUGCAGCAGUUCGAAAAGUAGACCUUAGAAAUCAUGUGAAAUCAAUUCAUUUAAAUUUGAAGAAACAUAAGUGUCACUUAUGCAAUUUUGCUUCUGUUCGAAAUGAUCACCUUAAAAAGCAUAUAGAUGCGGUCCAUUUGAAUUUGAGGAAGUAUAAAUGUGAAAAAUGUGAUUAUGCCACAGCAUACAAAGGAUACUUAAGUCAACAUAUGAAUUCAGCCCAUUUGAACUUAAAAAAAUAUGAAUGUCACCUAUGUGAUUAUAGAUCAGUUCAAAAGAGAAAUCUCCGAGAGCAUAUAGAAUCAAUGCAUUUAAAUAUAAAGAAAUUUAAGUGCCACUUCUGUGACUAUGCAUCUAUUCAGAAAAUAAACCUUCAAAGUCAUAUAGACUCAAACCAUUUGAACAUAAGAAAAUACAAAUGCCACUUGUGUGACUAUGCAGCAGUUCGAAAACAUAACCUUAAAGGUCAUGUAGAAUCAAUUCAUUUAAAUUUAAAGAAACAUAAGUGCCACUUAUGUGACCAUGCAUAUGUUAAAAAACAACUACUUCAAAGUCAUAUAGAUUCAAUCCAUUUAAAAAUAGAAAAACACAAAUGCCACUUGUGUGACUAUGCAGCACUUCGAAAAGUAGACCUUAGAAAUCAUAUAGAAUCAAUUCAUUUAAAUUUAAAGAGACGUAAAUGUCACUUAUGCGAUUUUGUUUGUGUUCGAAAUGAUAACCUUAAAAGGCAUAUAGAAGUGGUUCAUUUAAACUUAAAAAAACAUGAAUGUCACCUAUGUGAUUAUAGAUCAGUGGAAAAGAGAAGUCUUCAAAAACAUAUAAAAUCGAAGCAUUUAAAUAUAAAAAAAACAUAAAUGCCACUUAUGUGACUAUGCAUCUGUUCAUAAAACACACCUUCAAAAUCAUAUAGACUCAAUCCAUUUGAAUAUAAAAAAACACAAAUGCAACUUGUGUGACUAUGCAGCAUUU